AUGGCCUCUGCCACAAUCUUCCGACUCUUCGCCUUGUCCGCUGCUUUGGGCCAGGCGGCUGCUGGUUUCAGUCUCGAUACCGCUGGUCCUAAUUGGGACUAUACAACUAAGGACUUGGCCGACACCACAUCACAGGCUUGCAAGGACGCUUACAGCGCCAAAAUCGACUGCCAAGAAACCCUCGUCAAGAUUGUGGCGUCUAUGGAUCCUGACUUUGAUCCACAACCCUCGGACCUGCAGGCUAUGUGCACCAAGACAUGCAGUGAUUCACUGUCCAAGUAUAUCAAGGACGUCAAAGCUGCAUGCAACAAGGAUGGCGAUCUAGCCGGAAUUUCCAGCGGGAAUGAGAAUGUCUAUGAGGCUCCCGUUUCCACCGUGGGCGAGGUUUUCCAGUACAAAUACGGUCAAUCUUGUGCCAAGAGCGGCGACAGUUGGGCCAAAACCGAUUUCCCAUGUACCGACGAGUGUGCGGUCAAGUUUUACCGAAACGCACACGAGCAACCCGGCUCGGCAUAUUUCUUCAGCUACUUCUCUCUUGGUAAUCAAUCGUCGUACUGGGAGGGUAAGUUCGCCGGUGGUUGGGAAACUGUGGUUCAAUGCGAAGGUGGAAGCGAUGUAAGCCUCUUUAGCGCGGCAAGUUCGACAAAGAUCGAUAGCGUUGACACUUCAUCUUUGACCAGCUCAAUUAGCACCGAAAUGGCUAGGCCUACAUCUUCAACGCCAACUGUAGAGAAGACAACCGCCACACCAGUCCAGUCUGCCUCUGAGACUACCUCAACUACAGCCACCAGUGACGCUUCAAGGCUCAAGCCUCUUUUUUUCUAA